CUCGAUCCCAAAAUGCCGAUGCGUACAAGGACUAUAUGUUUGUUAAUUCAGACAAGGACAAUGCCAGGGACACAGAAACACUGAUUUUGGCAAAAGACAGCGGCAAGCAGUUCACUCUGACUACAGGAGGAGGUUCCCUCUCGGGCGACUCUAUCCAGAAGGAGAAGCUCAUCACAACCUACGGUGAAGGAGCUCAGCUCAAGGCAGGGACAGGAAAUGCUUACUACGGAUCAUCUGGAGUUUUAAUGAAAGACAAAGGCACGCACGCACAGCUUCGCAAGAAGGGCGGCGUCUGCGGAGGCGGCUGGUGUUGCUGCUUUGACGCCUGUUGCUCGUGGUGGAAGUGGCUCCUGGGGUUCCUCCUCCUUUUCCUGCUUCUGCUCGGACUCCUUUUCGGCCUUAUUGCGCUAGCCGAGGAUGUGAGAAAGCUGAAGAACCGGGUGGCCACUUUGGAGAGCGAGUCAGCCAUCAUUUCUGCUCGCACCAGUCGUCUGGUGGGGCUCGGUGGCAACACCUUCGUGGACGGUGGUGGCAGCUCAUCCAAAACGGAUAUAUUCGUGUUCGGACCAGGCGGAGGGGCAGGAGGCUCAGACUCUAGUUCUGGAACGCAAAUCGGAGUUGCUGUGGAUGCUGGGGGUGGAGGUGUCAGUGCCGGAGCCGGAGCGGGAGCUGGAGGUGCUGGUGACACCAGUGGUACCAGCAUGGGUGGUGCUGGAGCUACUAGUACCGGUGUGGGUGGCGCUGCGGGUAGUGGAACCAGUGUGGGUACCGCUGGGGCUAGUGGAACCAGUGGGGGUAGCAUUGGAGCCGGAGCUAGUGGAGCCAGCGUAGGCGGGGGCGGAGCCACUGGGACUGGCUCAAGUGGUGGCGCAGGCACAAGCUUAGGUGGCGGCGGUUCCAGAGGUACUACCAUCAUUACUGGCAGUACUCACACCAGUGGCGGAACUGGUGCUGGUGCCAGUGGAGCAGGGUCUAGUGGCGGCGCAGGCACCAGUGGCGGCGCAGGCACCAGUGGCACCAACACUAACACUUUCUCCAGCACCAGCGUGAGUCACAGGGACGGUCAAACGUUCGCCAAUGGCUUCUGGACCAGCGGCACCGGCGGUUAUGUGGACGCCGCCGCCCUUCACAUGGCCAUCCAGCGCAUGGUGAGAGGGGAAAUGCAGUCGCAGGCAUUCCAAGCUUUCAUCACGGCUACAAUGCAAGGUGAAAGAGGACUGCCUGGACCUAAAGGCGACACUGGUCAACCCGGAUUCCCAGGUGCUCCCGGUCCAAUUGGUCACGAGGGUCCUCAGGGUCCAAAGGGCCAAAAAGGAAGCCAUGGUGAACAGGGAUUGGAGGGUCCUCCUGGAUUGAGAGGGCGAGAAGGAGUUGCUGGACCCAGAGGUGAACCAGGAUUUGGCUCUAAAGGAGACAAAGGUAAUUCCGGGGAACCCGGACUCCCUGGUCAAAAAGGCGCUUCCGGGCUCCUCGGAGCACCAGGUCCUCAGGGUUUCCGGGGAGAAGCAGGACCACCUGGGCUUAAAGGUGAUCGUGGUUUACCUGGUCUGCCCGGAGCAGCUGGAGAGAAAGGAUCCAAGGGAUCGACAGGACAAGAUGGUUCAAAAGGCUCAAGAGGUGACCUUGGCAGUCCUGGUCACCCUGGACUUCGAGGUCCAGCUGGGCCGCCAGGAGAUGCUGGACCUCCAGGACAACCAGGCAAUCCAGGUCAAGCAGGUCCUAAAGGUGAUACUGGUGAAUCAGGAAGAAUUAUUAACGCAGCCGGUGUUGCCACUGUACACAUCCCUGGACCACCUGGGCCUCGCGGACCUCAGGGAGUGUCAGGUCCAGCUGGCCCUGCAGGUCCUAAAGGUGACCGAGGAGAAUCCGGAUCAACAGUGAGGACGUCUGAGAGUUUCAGCUCAAGUGUAGCUGAGAGGCAGUUUGCUUCCGGUGGUGUGGCAUCUCGACCCGGCCCACCGGGUCCACCUGGGCCACCUGGACCGCCAGGGCAGCCAGGUUAUGGAAGACCAGGACCUAAAGGCGACAAAGGAGAUUCUGGUGUUACAACCAGUUCUGGAACUUAUUACACUGGACCACCAGGACCACCUGGGCCUGCUGGACAGAAAGGAUCCACAGGUUCUCCUGGACCGAGAGGCUACCAAGGUGAACCAGGACAACCCGGCUUGCCAGGAAGACCUGGAAGCUUGGAGAGAGUGUCCACCUAUACCGGAGAACACACAGUUCAAGGUCCCCCAGGACCACCGGGGCCUCCUGGACUGCCAGGGCCACAGGGAGUCAAAGGUGACACUGGAGCUCCUGGAAUUCCAGGAUCUUCUCGAGGCUCAGUCUCAGUGACCGCAGGCCCUCCUGGUCCUCCAGGACCUCAAGGACCUCCUGGACAGCCCGGCUCCUUCACUUCAUCCAUCGAGAUGCGCCAGUACUUGACAGACUACCUAAGUAGAAGCAGACAGUCUGGUAUUCCGGGACCUCCAGGUCCACCCGGACCUCCAGGACAACCCGGAAGCUUCUCUGGUUCCAUCGAGGAGAUCUCCGCUCGUAUGGUUGCCUACUUGCAACGUUCUGGCUCCAGCUCAGGCAUCAGCAUUGGUGUUCAGGGUCUACCAGGGCCACCUGGUCCACCUGGACCUGGAGGGGCCCUGACUGUCAGUGGUCUCAUUGCCAUGCUGCAAAGAGAAGACGUGAGGAGAUACCUUUCAGGCCCGCCGGGUCCACAAGGACCACCUGGACCACCAGGCGGCACAGGAGGAAUUUCUAGCGUUUACAGUAUAGAGGAGGUAGCGACAUAUAUCUUCAACAUCAUGAAUGAGAGAGGAAUCGCGAGAGGACCGCCUGGCCCACCAGGACUCCCCGGGCCUCCAGGAGCGGGCAGCUCGGGUGGCGCAGGCUACUCAACAGUUUCAAUCGAUUACACGGCGCUAGUUAGAAAUCCAGACUUCCGUGCAUGGAUUGGUUCCGCCAUACACCAAGGUCCCCCCGGUCCUCCCGGUACUCCUGGCCAACCUGGACCUCCCGGUCCUCAGGGGCCAUCAGGGGUCUCGACUGCCACCGUGGUGGGGGCGGGCGGUCGCGGAUACAGCUUGGAGGAGCUUCAGCGUUACCUGCAGGGCUCUAGCUUCAGAGGUCUUCCAGGCCCUCCCGGACCUCCAGGCCCACAAGGACCACCCGGUAGUUCCACUGGCACCGUUACUUACACCGGAACUUUCCCUCGGGAGACCAUCCGUUCUGAAGUUCACGACUACCUGACCACUGACAGUGUCCGACGCGCCCUUACCGGACCCCCGGGCCCUCCGGGACCGAGAGGCCAAAAGGGAGAUCGCGGAGAGACGGGUUACGUCCAAAGACAAAGCAGCCAGAGUCAAAGUUCUUCUCAGAGCGACUCCCGCUAUGUCUCGCAGCAGCAUGAAAUCGACGUUAGCAAGCUGAGCGAAACCAUGGACUACAGCAGCGUGGCCAUCAAAGUCUCCGACUACAUAAAGAACCAAGGACUGCUGCAGGAGUACCUGGUGGAGGGUCCUUGGAGGACUCACAUAAGAGCUGUCCAAGGUCCUCCUGGCCCACCGGGACCCCCCGGAGUACCCGGUUACAGCCGUGUGAUUGCAGCCUAUGGCAACGUCACGGCUGACCUCAUGGACUUCUUCAGAACUCACGGCACCAUCCCUGGUCCUCCGGGAAUCGCCGGACCAAGAGGAGACAGGGGCUACCCGGGACCCAAGGGAGAUAAGGGUGAUGCCGGACGUCCGGGUUUACCUGGAAUUCCAGGGACGUACACGAUCCAAAUACCACAUCGCGUACAGAGGCGGGACACAGGAGGUAACGUAAUCAAGCGGGAGCAGCAGGAAGGUCCAGCAGAGGGCGGCUGAAGCGUGGCUACUACUUUUUUUGUCUCUGUUCUCAACAGAAGCAAUGCAAGUAGAAAUAAAAAAACAAAACAAACAAAAAAAAAAAACGCUUUAGCGAUUGGCUCUCUAGCUUUGCUGCUGGCCGGUGUUUAGGUUUUGGACACAUUUUUCCAUUGUUCAAAUGUGGAUGAUAAUAUUUGCUUUUAGAUGAAAAUAUUUUAGAAUUAAGAUUUGAGUGACUAAAGUUUUAAUGUUUUUGUUUUGGAGUAUUCUACUGUAUUGAGGUCAACGCGUUAAUUGCUGUUUUAUGAAAAUUUCCAUGAUAUUGUUUUUGGCCAUUUGCUUCCAGGAUGCGUGCAAAUUAUUGAUAUUUUCCGAAUGUAACCUAUUAAUAAUGUUACAAUUGUAGCAUUAGCAUUCACCCAGCCAAGUUACAUCAUCGCUUGCUGUAUUCAGCACUGAUUUUUACUGUACUUGAAGAAAGAUUUUGAAGAUUACUAUGCAAACAAAGCAAUAUUCCGCUUUCGGUCUGCAAAUGAAGCUGAAGGAAAAACUGAUUAGAUUGUAUAUUUUUGUAUAAGAGAACACUGACUGAUUUAUUGACUUUCUACCGUCACAUUUUUUUGGAAACCAUUAAAUUAUAAAUUGCU